UGUGAUAAGUAGUUAAUUAGUUCAUUUUGGAAUCGUGGUCUAGCCGGUUAAUAUUUAACAAGUAUUUAUUAUUUAUCGGUAUUCGAUUUUCCUUUUCGACAUUAAAAAGUAACCUAACAGUAUGGCUAAACAUCAUCCUGACUUGAUAUUCUGUCGUAAGCAACCCGGUGUUGCUAUAGGACGAUUAUGUGAAAAAUGUGAUGGUAAAUGUGUAAUCUGUGACUCUUAUGUCAGGCCAUGUACAUUGGUGCGCAUAUGCGAUGAAUGCAAUUAUGGUUCAUACCAGGGUAGAUGUGUUAUAUGUGGGGGACCUGGAGUAUCGGAUGCAUACUAUUGUAAGGAAUGUACAGUUCAAGAAAAAGAUAGAGAUGGAUGCCCAAAAAUUGUAAAUUUGGGAAGUUCAAAAACAGAUUUAUUUUACGAACGGAAAAAAUAUGGGUUCAAACGAAGAUAGAACUACUGAGUUUUCAUUUGUAUUUUUAAUAAUGAAUGCAAUUAUUUUAGAUUAGCUCUUAAAAUAAUUUAAAAAUGAAUUUCAUGUUUUUUUUUUUGACUCCAGUUCAAAUUAAUAUAAAUAUUAAAAUAUUAAUAAUAAUAUAAUAGUAAUGUAUAUGUAUAUAUUAUUUUUAUUUUUAUUAUUAUUUAAUAUUAAUUUUUAUUUACUGAUUAAAAUUUAAAGUUAUAAGCAAAAUUACUCAAAAAAAUUAUAAUUUCAAAAUAUUUCAUCAAUAUAGCAUUGUAUUCUAAAUCA